AUGACGGAUUCUCCACCUCCACCACCGCCUUCUCAAGGUAGCCCAGCUCCAUAUGAUGCCCCAGCUCAGUAUCCAUAUCAAGUACCACCUGCAAACGGUCAACCUGCUAAUGCACCGCAAGCAAAUUACCAGCCUCCACCACCACCACCUCAACAGGCUGGUCAAUAUGCACCACCACCACCAGGACAAUACCCGCCACCUGGCCAAUAUCCACCACCGCCACCUGGUCAAUAUCCACCAGGUCAGUAUGCAAUUCCACCACCUGGUCAAUAUCCUCCGGGUCAAUACCCACCAGGCCAAUAUCCACCUGGCCAAUAUCCACCACCUCAAGAAGAAAAGAAAGAUAAAAAGAAGAAGAAGAAGAAAGAUAAGAAGGAGGAGGAGGGCGGUAUCGGUGGGAUAUUUGUGACUGCCUAUUCUGCAUUUUCUGGUGCUGCGGUUGCUGUGAUGAAUAAGCAAUUUUAUAUCUACAUGUGA